CUAAGCCAGAGAUACGGCCGAUCCUUCAUAUUGUCACCGAUCAGGAAUAUUUCACCAUGUCUUUCACAAAGAUAAUCGCCCUUUCCUCACUUUUCAUUGCCUUCCUCUUGGUUCGGAAAUGGCGUACAUUGUUCGGCCGUCAGGCCAAAAGCGUCAUUGCCUUGGAUUCAAAUCAGAAAUCAAGGCUCGAGGCCAAACUUGCAGAGCGAGUCACGCUGUACAAAGAGCUGUACUACAAAGUACAGAACCUCGAAGACUUUCCUGAGAUUCUACCGGCAGCAAAAGAGAUGCUUCUAGAACUUUUAGAAGACGGGUUUGCCAUGGCGAAAUACAACCCGCCAACCCGCAGUAUUCUGGACCUCAAGGAGUACGACCCAGCAGAACUGGAUAAGUUUCUCGAGGCCGAACGUCAAGAGGUCUCGGAUGGAUUCGAGUCAUAUGUCAGGCGAAGAUCAGCCGGGUCCCCUCGAGAGCUAUUCAAUACUCAAGAGGACGCAGUCCAAUGGCUGAAGCGUCUUGCCCCCUUGAAUCUCAUCGAUGGAGCUUGGUUAUGCCGUGUCCACAAAAUCACGACACCAUUUGUGCUCAGAGACAUCACCAAGAAUGCCUGGCAGGUGUUUUCCGAGGAACUAGGCGAUGGAGAUGUUGAGAAAAACCACGUCUUGAUUUAUCGAGAUUUGCUGAGAAAGCAUGGCGUUGAUCUUCCGGCUUGUGACUCAAUCGAGUUCAUCCGAGAACAUCACGAACUCAAUGAUGAGCAAGUGUGGAGGAAUUCAAUUGGGCAACUACUCAUUUCCCUCUUCCCCAACGAGUUUCUGCCAGAGAUUCUGGGCCUAAACCUACACUUCGAAGCAUUGGCACCUACUGGUUUGAGAGCAACCAAAGAGUUUCCAGAAGUUGGCAUCUCGGCGUACUACUUUGCUCUGCACGUAUCAAUCGACAAUGCUGAUUCAGGACACUCGGGCAUGGCACAGGCCAACAUUGUCGCUUUCAUGGAUCUCAUGCGCAAGACUGGCCUUAUGGACUGCGACCAAGCAUGGAAGCGCAUCCAGGCUGGAUAUUUGCUCUCGCAAAGCCUCGACGACAGUGAGACGCCAGAUGUGUUUGAAGAGAGACUGAUCCAGAUCCUCCACCGCAAGGCGAAUCUCGCACGCAAAAUCCACUGCACCAGUCGAGCCCGCAUCGGUGGGAAAAGCCUAUCAGAAUGGUUCUCGUCGCCCUUUUCUGCUAAUGAAAAAGGGGACGAGUGGAAAUACGGCUUUCUGCAUGCCUUGGCUGACUCGAGGCCAUGGGUGUACAGAGGCAAUAGCAGCAAGAGUCUGCUGAUGAAAGAACUCUCCUGGACUGGUAGAAUGUUUGGCGCAUUCACCGAUAGCGAGGUUGAACUCAUGCGCACCUGGAUCGAUUCUCUCCAGGAAAAGGAUGCUCGUCCAGGCGAUGCUUACUGGAAGACGGUUGGAGGACACUCUCUUUUGGAAAACUCAUUCCUGCCCCCACGGCAAGAUGUGGCUGUUACGCAUCCAGUAUUUUCCCCUCAGGACGCAUUCUCUUCCAGCGCCUCGCCCGACUUUGUUCCGUUGCCCGCUUUGCAGGUCUCUCAGAUCAGACUUGAUGCCAUCCUUCCUCUAUGGUUUGUGCAUCCUUGCGUGUUGGAGAACAUAGUAGCGUCGCCAUAUCAGACGGCCGAAACAUUGACGUCCAAGAUCCUCCAAAUCAUCCGUGCUGAGAUGGGCUACAGCCCAGAAAACACGGGAAUGGCGGGCAUGGAUGAGCAGUUGCGCCGUGGAUACCGCCCCGAUCUCAUCGCCCUUGGACGCGAAAUGGCUCGCAGAAACAGCUUUCCUGAGCCGACAUGCCUAGGCGAUAUCAUUGGGCCAUUGAGUGAGGAUUCACCUGCCGUCAUCAAGUUUGCACACUCUUUGCUCAAUUGGUCUAUGCGGCCGCAGAAGAACGGAGCAUUCCUGCUGGGUCUGGCUCGCGCUUUUCUCGACAUGGAAGUGUGGGUGGCUGCAGACGAAUCGCUGCUGGCUAAAGAGGGCAGAAACUAUCUGUGGCAGGUCAUUGAACGAAAGAGGGUAGGAUUCGAGGCUUGUUUGGAGGAGCUCGGUUCAGAUCCCGCCAAGUCUUGUGAAUUUGUUGGCGGUUACGAGUAUGGACGGGCAGAGAUUGAGAAAAUAUUGGCGUAAACGGUUAUCAAUACAGUAAAACUUUAGAGUAUGUAGAGUUUAUAAAAGCUGUGACCGAUG